AUGGUACGUAGUAGAUUCCCCUCAAAUCAUGACAUCGUCUCUUUAAGAGAAUGUUCCAAAGGAAGAUGCAAGCGCAGUUCCAACGAGACGAGCACGAAACACAACAAAGAGACGUCAUCCACAACAGCGUUCGGCGGCGAUAAUGAGAAAAAUAACAAGAAUAAUUUCACCAGUGAGAACCGGUCAGUCCCGUUCUUUCGACGAACCAUCAAAUCGUCGACUAUGGAGAACAUCCCCUUCCAACAAGUCCAGCAGGAACGUUCACUGCAAAACAAAAAGCGUGUCGUUAAAAUGCUGUUUGUUGUCGUAUUGGAAUUCUUCAUAUGCUGGACUCCACUCUUCACUGUCAUCACCUGGGAAAUUCUUGACAUUCCAAGUUCCAGACGCAAUUUGACCAGCAUGACCAAGUCGUACAUCCAAUUGUUGGCCUACACGUCCACCUGCUGUAAUCCAAUUACUUACUGUUUCAUGAACAGUCGUUUCCGACAGGGUUUUAUAUCCGCCUUCCGGUGUGGCCGCCACUCUCAUGUGCAAUCGUACAAGGGGAAAACGAACAGCACCAUCAUCGCUUAG